ACGUCCCACCACCACUAGUUGUCAACAUAAUUGCAAAGAUGCGGCCCACAUUCCUGGCCAUUUUGUGCUUCCUGGCGUGGAAUCCCAGCUCCGAGGCGACCGGCAACCUGAGUCCUGGCGCGGUGGGAGUACACCGUCGUUUCGAGUACAAGUACUCGUUUAAGCCGCCGUAUUUGGCCCAGAAAGACGGAACCGUACCGUUUUGGGAGUACGGGGGAAAUGCCAUCGCCAGUUCGGAAAGUGUGCGCGUGGCGCCAUCGCUCCGCUCGCAAAAGGGUGCCAUCUGGACGAAAUCGCAGACGAACUUCGACUGGUGGGACGUGGAGAUUGUGUUCCGGGUGACGGGACGUGGCCGGAUCGGAGCCGAUGGUCUGGCUUUCUGGUACACCACCGAGAAGGGUGACUACAAUGGCCCAGUGUUUGGAUCCUCGGACCGCUGGAACGGUCUGGCCAUCAUGUUCGAUUCCUUCGACAACGACAACAAGCACAACAAUCCCUACAUCAGUGCUGUGCUCAACGAUGGCACCAAGUUCUACGACCACGCCAACGAUGGAACCACCCAGCUCCUGAGCGGUUGCCUAAGGGAUUUCCGUAAUAAGCCAUUCCCAACGAGGGCGCGCAUCGAGUACUACAACAAUGUACUUACGGUGCUUAUCCACAACGGAAUGACCAACAACAACGAUGACUACGAGCUGUGUCUCCGGGCGGAUAACGUGAAUCUGCCCAAGAACGGUUACUUUGGCAUUUCGGCUGCCACUGGCGGUCUGGCCGAUGACCACGAUGUGUUCCACUUCCUGACCACCUCGCUGCAUGCCGCCGGACAGGCGCAGGAGCAGCCUAAGGUGGACAACCAGGAAAAGCUGACGCAAGAGUACAAGGAGUACCAAGAGAAGCUAGAGAAGCAGAAGCAGGACUACAAGAAGGAGCAUCCCGACGAGCACAAAGACGACGAGGACUGGGAAGAGUUCUACGAAUCGGAGAACCAGCGUGAGUUGCGUCAGAUCUGGCAGGGUCAGAGCCAGAUUGCUGAUCAUUUGCGUGAGCUUUCCCGCAAGGUGGACGAGAUUAUUGGCCGCCAGGAGACCACGCUCUCGCUGGUGUCGCGCAAUGCUGGACAGGCUCUUCCAGCUCCACCAGCUGCCGGUGGAGCACAACAGCAACAACUGCCCGUUGGCGCCGUCAGCAGGACUGAUGUCGAUCUUCUGCUCACCAACCAGAAUGUGCUGCUCAGCGCCAUCCGCGAGAUACGGCAACUGGUCGGCGAUAUCAAUGUGCGCACUGAUAACAUUCAAACGAAUCAGAAGCACGCGCCUACAGCACAAAUCCAGUCAACCGGCUAUGAUGUGCAAACGCUCAUCGCCGAGAUGCGCGAUGGAAUGAACCAGGUCAAACAGGGCAUCACCCAUGUGGGCCAGAGAUUGGGAGCGCCACAGGCAGGAGCGCAGGUGGCCAACUGUCCCACGGGCAACUGUGUUGGAGUCACAUUGUUCCUAAGCGUAACUGUUGUCCAAUUGCUGCUAGUCUUCAUCUACAACGUUUUCAAAAACCGCAGCGAAGCACAAGCGAAAAAGUUCUACUAGGCGAAAUCGCGACACAUUGGGAUCUUAACGAGUAACAAACACACAAGCAUACACCCACACAAAACACGAGGAAACACAUUCGCACACCUGACUAGGCAGCAACUAAAUUUAGUUUAAAUGAAAGAUUUAAGACUUCUGCGUAGCAUGCUCUACCAUUACAUGUAACUGUUUGCUUUUAUAUAGAAGUCUGUUUAAUCGGUCAGGUCCCAGAUCCGGAUUCAAGUCGUUACUUAAUCGAAGAAAGAACAAGAUAUUUGAACAAUGUUUAAGCCUCAUGACAAUGCCACGCAAUACAAAAUGAAGAAAUCGUCGAAGAAGCCGUAAGACAAACUUCCCUUUAGAAAUAGACAGCAGAGGAUGUUUUUUAAUUGUUUAGCAAGUCAAGUCGAAAGUCUCACUCCAUUCUCAACUCUGCAUAUCAUGUGUGCAGGCAUUUCUAUAAAAAGAAGGAAUAUCAAUCCUCAAAAAAGGAAAAAAAUUAUAAAAAUCGUAAAACCUAUAAAUGUAUGAAAAUUCCGUAAACGUAGCUAAUUUCUAUAAUAUUCUGUAUAAUUUAGAGUUGAUGGAGUCCUGUGGGCUCGGCUCUUGAAAACUGAAUUGGCAACAUAAAUCUUUCUUUUCAUUUUCACUUGCUUUUUGUUAGUUAGCCUGAAAGUGAAUUUAUGUAAUAAUUAUGAAGAACUGUCUCACUAAGUUUUUGUUUUGUUCGCAAGCCACUGGUGCGAUGCAAGGAAGUUUUCUACUGAAUAAUCUUAAUAUAAAUACUGAUAAAUUAUAAAACAAUUGAAGUGAAGUGUGUUUUUAUAUAUGUUGUCCAUUCCAGUCUCGAUAGAAUGUUUAAACUGAAAAUAAAAAUCAAUUUAUAGAAAA